UUUAGUACCCAUCGAAGAUUUGUUCUCAAUAAAUCAGAUUUAAGUCAAAAGAAAUUUCCGAAUAUAUAGUUAGAAAGAGCAUGAAAUUCCCAUUUUAGCUAACUACUUUUAAUUCUCUCCUGCGACCUAUGAGUGGAUGAAAAUCGAAUAAAGAUAUUGUGCAAAGACUUCUUACACGUAGGUUAGAUUGGUUUAAAUGUUCGAAAUUUUCGUAUCGGUGAUCGUGUUGGUGUUGAUUGUGUGGUUGAUUCAUGUCUUCAUUGUAAUUCGUGUUAGAAUAUUUUAUUUUUCUAUAUCUGCAUUGUUAAUCUUUGAAAAAUGAUUUUUCGGUAAGAAGAAUCUUGAACAACAUUGUCCGAACACAAUUUCUACAAACAAUAGUACUGAACUUCAUAAAAGUAACAUCAAUAUAUGGUGGUAAAUAUCAUUGUCAGAAAAAAUUAUUAUUAUUUCUAUUAUAUUAAUUGUAGGUUAUUCAAAUUUUAUUACUAUUAAAAAACAUUUUGCAAGCAAAAUAUCUAAAAAUUUACCAUUAGAUACAGUUACACCAUUACUUUGUGCUAGUAUUACAACUUAUUCACCUCUAAAACAAUAUCAUGUUGUUAUUAGUCUUGGUCAUAUGGCUGUUAAAUUUGGUGUAGCUAUGGGUGCACACGUUACUGUUAUUUCAACAUCAGAAUCAAAAUAUGAUGAUGUCAUAAAAUUUUAUGCUAAAGCAUUUCUUGUUUCAAAAGAUGUAGAACAAUUAAAAGGAGUAGAAAAUUCAUUUAAUUUUAUUAUUUAUACUGUUGUUUCAAUGAUUAAAAUCGGUGCACCACCAAAACUAGUGGAAAUUCCAGCAUUAAUUCUUUUAUUUAAACAACUAAUAAUUACUGGUAGUCAAAUUGGUAGAAUGAAACAGAAAAAAAAAAUUAGUAUAGCUUAUUUAUAA